ACCCAGAAGUAGGAAAGCAAAAGUACGCAAAGACGACAAUAAUAGUGUUGUCGUUUCGAGCAAAAGAAAUGAAUGACAAAUAGACCACCGCAAGGGCAGAGAAACAAAAACAAACAAAACGCAGCACUUGGUUGUGUUUGAGUUGAGCUUGCGCAAAACCCCUAAACCCUGUGAAUGAAGAAGAGUGGCGAAGAAAAUGGGGGCAAGUUCAAGCUCAAGGGUGCGGAUAGGUCAGCGUACUUCGCACGCAGAGAGGCAGCCAAGGUCUUGAAAGUGGUUCUCGAAGGAGACGCUAAGCGCCGCGCUCUUGCCUCCAUCAAAUCCCUCAUCUAUCAACCUUCCGUUAGAAACAAGAAAGCCACAUUCGCUCUCAUUUGUCAAACCCUAAAACAUCUUCCCAUUAUCAAUUAUGUCUUGGAAGCUGCUUCUAUUCUCAACAGCAAGUGGAAGAGGCAACGAGAAUUGAUUUAUAUCAUUGUCUAUGAUAUUCUUUUCGGCCAGGCGGUUCCACUAGUUGGUGAUGCAGAGAAGUUCCUUAUGCGCCACCAAGAUGCCCUGCGUUCUACUCUCAAACAGCUUUUGUUGCAGAGAAAUGUCAAGACAGUUAAACAGUUGAUUGCUCUGCAUCAAGUUCCUGAUGUUUCUGUACCUCGAUAUGUUCGUGUGAAUACACUUAAACUGGACGUCGAUUCUGCCUUGCUUGAACUUCAGAAAAACUACUCGGUUCAAAAGGAUCAUUUACUGCCUGACUUGCUGAUACUCCCACCAGGAACUGAUUUACAUGAUCAUCCUCUUGUCAAGAAUGGCAGUAUCUUUUUGCAAGGUAAGGCAAGUUCCAUGGCAGCACCAGCCCUUAGCCCUGAACCAGGAUGGGAGGUUCUUGAUGCAUGUGCAGCACCGGGAAACAAAACUGUUCACCUUGCUGCCCUUAUGAAGAGAAAGGGUAAGAUUAUAGCAUGUGAGCUGCAAAGAGAAAGGAUUAAGCGUUUGAAAGACACUAUAAAGCUAUCUGGUGCUUCUAACAUACAAGUCCUCAAUGAUGAUUUCUUGAACCAAAAUCCCAAGGAUCCUUCAUAUUCCAAGGUGAAAGCUAUUCUUUUGGAUCCUUCCUGCUCUGGUUCUGGGACUGCUGCUUCAAGACUAGACCAUCUGCUCCCAUCUAAAGCAGCAGGUCAGGAUACUGAUACAGAAAGAUUGAACAAGCUCGCAACUUUCCAGAGAAAGGCUCUUCAACAUGCUUUACUUUUUCCAGCUGUUGAAAGAAUUGUAUAUAGUACAUGUUCAAUCAACCAAAUUGAGAAUGAAGAUGUCAUCAAAUCUGUUCUGCCCAUAGCCGAAUCAAAUGGAUUUCAAUUGGCAAAACCCUUCCCCGAGUGGCAAUGCCGUGGUCUACCAGUGUUUGAAGGCUCUGAAUGCCUGGUUCGGACAGAUCCUGCUAAACACGGCGAGGGUUUCUUCAUCGCUUUGUUUACUAGGAAAGAUGCUAACUUUUCAGGGGGCUCAAAUAAAAAUGAAACUAGAAUUUCCCACAGCACUCCCGAAAUUAAAAACGCGCGAAGAAAGAAGAAACGCGUACCGUUUGUUAGCACUAACCUAUUCAAAAUGUGGUUAUAUGAUAGUACAAUUGUUAAGUCUUGGCGGUCGAAUUGAAGGGAUAGAGGUGGUGGUUAGAUACAAAAUUAUACUUCCUUUAUUGAUGUCCGUCUAAAACCCAUUUAGAAAAUGGAUUAACUCGAGUUUGUAUUUUGUUUUCAUUCUGUUACAUUUUAAAAUAAUUUUCAUUACAUUCGCUCAUUUUCUUU